AUGGACACUGCUGCGCUUCGGGAGUUGCUUGGAGGCAGCUUGGCUACUGAUGCGGAUAAUAGAAGGCGAGCCGAGCUGCAGCUGAAGCAGAUCGAGGAACAACCAGGCUUCGUUGAUGCCUUAUUCGACAUACUGCAGGUUGAACAAGAAGCAAGUGUACGACUAGCAACCGUUAUCUAUGUCAAGCAUCGCGUCAACCGUGCGUGGCACCAGCCCGAGCAGUACAGUGGAGAAUACAUAAUACCCGAGGACGAAAAGGCCCGUGUUCGAGAUCGCCUGGUUCCGGUUCUUGCUGCGUCUGAUAGCGCGGUUCGCCAACAACUCAUUCCCGUUCUCCAGCGCGUGUUGCAGUGCGACUUCCCCGCCCGAUGGCCUCGGUUCAUGAAUUUCACCACCGAGCUGCUAAACACCAAUACUCCGAGCUCGGUACUUGCUGGCCUUCAAUGCCUGCUCGCCAUUUGCCGUGCCUUUCGAUACAAGUCCCACGACAACCAGGAUAGAGCCCAGUUCGACACCAUUGUUGCCAGCAGCUUUCCUCGCCUGCUCUCCAUUUGCAACGAGCUUGUGAACCAGGAAAGCGAUGAGGCUGGUGAAAUGCUUCAUCUUGCUCUUAAGUCCUACAAGCAUGCUACGUGGCUUGAGCUUUCCAGUCACCUUCGACAGCAACAGGUAAACAUUGCCUGGUGCACGGUGUUUUUGCAGACCGUUUCCAAGGUUGGGCCAGCCCAGGCCUUGCAAGGCGAUUCCUUCGACCGUGAGAGACACCAUUGGUGGAAGGCCAAGAAGUGGGCCUUUUUCAACUUGAAUCGUCUAUUCAUCAGACACGGAAACCCUGCCAGCCCCGGCAAGGGUGACGAGGCUGCCCAGUUCGCCAAGAACUUCAUCAGCACAGUGGCUCCCGAGAUCCUGAAGCACUACCUGCAAGAAAUUGAAAAAUGGGUCGCCAAAACAUCCUGGCUAAGCCGGCCCUGCCUCUCGUACAUCAUUGUGUUUCUGGACGAAUCGGUCCGACCAAAGGAGAUGUGGACGCACUUGAGACCUCACUUGACCAAUCUUGUCACUCACUUCGUCUUCCCCGUCCUGUGUCUCUCCGAGGAGGAUGCGGAGCAAUUCGACGAUGAGCCAGAGGAGUAUCUGCACCGCAAACUCAACUAUUUCGAGGAGGCUUCCGCCCCCGACGUCGCCGCCACCAACUUCCUCGUCAACCUGACCAAGAACCGUCGGAAGGAGACGUUUGAGAUUCUCAAGUUUGUCAACGCAGUUGUCAACGAGUACGAGCAAGCACCAGACGACAAGAAGAACCAUAUGGCCAAGGAAGGAGCCCUGCGGAUGAUUGCGACGCUCGCGCCGGUGAUUCUGAGCAAAAAGAGCCCAAUCGCGGACCAGGUGGAGUAUUUCCUGGUGCGAUACGUGUUCCCCGACUUCACCAGCCCUCGGGGCUAUCUCCGGGCUCGCGCUUGCGACACCAUUGAGAAGUUCGAGCAGCUCAACUUUCAGGACGUGAACAAUCUCAUGACCAUCUACCGGCACAUCCUGGAUUGCAUGGCUGACCCCGCCCUGCCCGUCCGCGUCACGGCAGCUCUGGCCCUGCAGCCCCUUAUCAGACACGACAUCAUCCGUACCAGCAUGCAGCAGAGCAUUCCCACGAUCAUGCAGCAGCUUCUCAAGCUGGCCAACGAGGUGGACAUUGACGCGCUGGCCAACGUGAUGGAGGAUUUUGUCGAGAUUUUUGCCACAGAACUGACCCCGUUUGCCGUCGCACUGUGCGAGCAGCUUCGCGACACGUAUCUGCGCAUCGUCCGCGAGCUUCUCGAAAAGGAAAGCAAAGCUGGCGAAGAUGGAGAACUGUUUGCCGAAUAUGACGACAAGAGCAUCACUGCACUUGGCGUCUUGCAGACAAUUGGAACGCUGAUCCUCACCCUUGAGAGCACACCGGACGUUUUGCUUCAUAUCGAAGCUGUCCUCAUGCCCGUGAUCAAGGUGACUCUUGAAAACAAGCUUUACGACUUAUACAACGAGGUUUUCGAGAUAAUCGACAGCUGCACUUUUGCUGCCAAGGGCAUCUCCCCUAACAUGUGGCAAGCCUUUGAGCUGGUUCACACGACGUUCAAGGCCGGAGCGGAAUAUUACCUGGAAGAUAUGCUCCCCGCACUGGACAACUUUGUCCAGUACGGAACGUCGCAGCUGGUUCAGAACCCCGAGUACAUCCAGGCCCUGUACUCGAUGGUUGCCGACAUGUUCACCGACCAGGUCCAGGGAGGGGUGGAGAGGAUCUGCGCCUGCAAGCUCGCCGAGGCCAUGAUGCUCAGUCUUCGAGGUCAAAUUGACAGCUGCGUCCAAGGUUUCACCAACAUGGCCAUGAGCAUUCUCGCCGCCCAAGAGAUCAAGAUUAAGAGCUACAAGAUCCAUCUUAUGGAGAUGGUCAUCAACUCGAUCCACUACAAUCCGCUGCUGACUCUGCAGGUGCUUGAAAACAAGGGUUGGACCAACCGCUUCUUCAGCCUGUGGUUUGGCAGCAUGUCUUCCUUCAGUCGUGUGCACGACAAGAAGCUCUGCAUCGUCGCCAUCGCGGCUUUGCUAGGAGUGAAUCAUGAGCAAGUCCCCGCCAGCGUGUCUGUGGGCUGGCCACGUCUGCUCCAAGGAAUCACCGAACUAUUCCGCACCCUUCCCAACGCCAUGAAGAACCGUGAAGAAGCGUUACGUGACGACUUCCACCUCGAGUCAACCUACGACUAUGGUGACGAGGACGAGUGGGAUGACAAUGAAGCCAACUGGAACGGUGAAGAGGAAGAACAUAACGAGGACGAGAAUCUCGAAUCCAAGGAUGAGAGCAAAGCUUACUUGGAGUUUUUGAAUGACGAGGCUCAGAAAUACAGCCGUGCGAUUGAGGACCCUGAUGAUGACGAGCUGGGAGAGGACAGUGUGCUCUUGGAAUCCCCUCUUGACAAGAUCGAACCCUAUCAGCUGUUCAAGGCGACUCUUCUGAAAAUGCAACAGGAACAGCCUCAGUUCUACAGCAGCCUCGCGGGUCAUUUGUCUGCUGAAGAGCAGAACAUGCUCCAAACAAUCAUGGUGAAAGCCGACGAAGUUGCGGUCCAGCAAGCGCAAGCUGCUGCGGCUGCUGCCGGUGUUGCACCAGCAAGCUAG